UUUUCGUUCCUCACCACGCACCUGGUCCUCUUCGCCCAAGGAUACGCCUCGUUGUCCGGGCCAGACGUGGCUCGCUUCCUCAUAUACGACCUCGCCUCUCCACCCGGGCCAUCCGCGACGCCAGCUAUCGAGCCUCCCUAUGUCUGCGUUUUCGAAUAUGAAGAGCUUGAUUCAAUGAUGUCAAUGCUGGAGAUGAGGACAGCACCCUCCUUCGAAGCACACGAUCCGGCGCCAUCUGCUCACAGUCCACCGUUCAGCCUCGCCCAAGACGCACGCCUUCUGGACAUCCUCAUCGGGACUUACCCUGAGCGGCGUCGCAUCUUGCUCCCAUGGUCGACUGUGAUGCAUCAUGCCUCUCGCCCUCGUGCCGAAGGCACUGCAGCUCCGGUCAUUCCAUGGAACGAGUGGGGACCCGUCCUCGCCACGCGACAGCACGUCGACGAGGAAACCUAUAAUUCCGUCAACGGCUUGCGGCUCGCCAGCCUUCGGAGGGACUUUGUGAAUGAAGGAGGUCGCCGCGUCCAGCAGUUGGUACUCAAGGAUCUCAACGCAUACGAGGCCCGUCACUCUCGGGCUCAAUAUGGUUCUCGCGGAGGGUGGAAGCCUCUGCUCUCGCAAGAAGGGGGACCCACAGUAGAGGGGAGGCAAGUGACCAUACGAGUACCGCGUGCACCAGAUGGUCUUCCAUGGGACGCAGUCGAACUCGGACACGACGCCAUUGUGCUCGUACAGGGGGACCCCGAUGAAGGGCGAGACCUAACUUUCGGGAUUUUGACACUCGAGGAUCCAGAGCCCAUCGAGCGAAUGAUCCGCAGUAUGAUUUCCGCUACGCUCCCAGGAAUGUCCGUUUAGCUCGCCAUAGUUAAACCGUAUCCCGUCCAUCUCUGCGCGGGCAGAGUCUUGGUAGCGUAGUUCGUCGUGCGUGGUGCAGAGAAGGAAUAGUGAUGGAAUGGUUGGUCGCGGUCGCUGGUAAUGGGCUGUGCACAAACUUGGGGUUAUGACUAGAUGUAGGUUGUUUAGAGAGGGUAACGGC